AUGGUGGAACCUUUUAGGCAGUCAACAAAAGGGACACGUCUGAUGGUAGGCAGGACAUUGGUGGAUGUGUCACCAGGUGGGUUUGUCCCGAUUCGGGUGUGGAAUGUUUCGGAUCGACCAGUCACAAUUGGCAAGAAUGUCUCUCUCGCUCAGCUGUUUCUGGUCUGUGCCAUUGAGGAAAACCCAGCGAGACAAGUCUCAACCCCACCCGGAACCCCUUCUUUCAUUGGCAACACUUCAGCAUCAAUUCCAGACUUAGAUUUGACCAACUCACCCAUCUCCGAGACAGAAAGGACGAGACUGGAAAAUCUUCUCGCUCAAUUCUCAGACGUGUUCUCACAACAUGACUUCGACUAUGGAUGUGCCACAGAGGUCGAACACGCUAUCCCCCUUGUCGACAAUGACCCAUUUCGCCUUCCAUAUCGUCGGAUACCGCCUGCCCAGUUCCAAGAGGUGAGGAAACACAUCCUAGAGAUGGAAUGA